GCCGUGGAUGGUUAUACUAGGCAUGCGUAAGAACAACACCCAGCAUGGUGAGUUCCACUGGUUCUGUGCCGGGACUCUAGUAACGACCCGUCAUAUACUCACUGCAGCUCACUGUGUGGCUGACUAUCGCAGGAGGAACUUGUUUUUUGCCAGAUUCAAUGAUAUUGAUCUAGACAAUAAAUCCGAUGAUAAAGGAGCAAUUGAUAUCGUUAUACAAAAAAAUACAAUUGCUAUUCAUCCUGGAUUCAAGAAAGAACAAAAAUUCUCUCAUAAUCUUGCAAUUAUCAAGAUGAAUUCAAGCAUAUCAGUUUCAGAAUAUAUAAGACCAAUAUGUCUUCCAACUCCAGAUUUUACAAGGAAGUCGUUUGAUGAUGCCACCGCUUACUUCGCCAGCUGGGGACAGACGGACAAUGACCGCGAGCUGAGUCGUAAACGCCAUCAUCAGCUGAUCCUGCAUGAACUACAAGCCACUGUUGUCAACCACGCAGAAUGUAACUACAACUACAGAAACUAUCAGUCAGACGAAUUCAUCAUUGUUGGAUGGGAUUUAAUCUGUGCUUCUGUUCCAGUCAACAAAAGCUGUCAGGGUGAUGCUGGCAGCCCUCUGAUGCUCAAGAUUAAGGACACCUAUGUCUUGAUAGGAGUGGUAGCUACGCACGGGUGUUAUAAUGAAGUAUUCCCACGGUUGUUUACAAGACUGUCAAUAUACAUGGACUGGAUUAUUUCUAAUUUAAAAUUUUAAAAAUAUUGAAUUUAUUGUG